AUGAGGUACUAUGCUGAGAACACCGAAUACCAGGACAAAGUGCGGUUUCUCUUCCAGGUGCCCUUGCUGAAAAGGCUGCCUUUAGAUCAGCAACCUCUGGUAGCGAAAGCUGCAAAAUCCAUCAAGUUCCAGCCCCACUCAAUCAUCAUGCGCGAGGGGGACCUUGGUGAUGAUUUCUACGUCUUGCGGCAGGGAGAGGCGAGUGUGACGGUGAGGACUGUCAAGGGGGAGAAGGCCGCCUUCACGUCACCAUUCUUCACGUGGUUGGAAGAUUGGGGCCAGGUGAUUACUUUGGCGAGAAAGCCCUCCUUGCGGAUGAGACUCGGAAUUAGCUGCAUCACUGCUCGCUUCCAGCACGAGGCGCGCACAGCAACGAUCACCACGCAGACCUUUGUGGAGUGCCUGAGAUUCAUUCGGAACCAGCAGGGCCACGGCGAAGCCUCCGACUUUCCGUUGAGUUGUAAAGUUCACCCGCCCACAGACAAGACUGAAGCAGAGAAGACGUUCAUAAGGGAAGCCUUGCUGAACAGUGAGACCCUGAAUGGCGGGAUGAGCGCCAUGUCGGAAGAGAAGAUGACCAAACUGACAGAUGCAAUGUGGAAAGAGAAGGUCAUGCCCGGAAGAAGACUCAUCCGCGAGGGCGACCUUGGAGCGGAAUCGUUCUACAUCAUCGAAUCAGGCAAGAAGACUGUGGUGGAUGUGCUGCGAAGAGGACACACUUUUGGCGAGCUCGCCAUUCUGUUUCUGGUUCCACGGCGGGCGACGGUCAUCUGCACGAGCGAGGCGAACGUUUGGGUGGUCGACCGCCAUCAGUUCAAGCAGAUCAUCAUGCCAAUCAGUGAGGAGAAGCGCCUGGAAUACGUCAAGAUCUUCUCCACAGUGCCAUUGUUGAUGCCCCUUCUGACCCAAGAGAAAACGGACAUGGCGAAUGUCAUUGUGGAUGUGAUGUUCAAUUCUGAGGAGAUCAUCGUGGAACAGGGAGCUCCGGGGAAUACCUUCUUCAUACUGGUCGAGGGCAAGGUGGCUGUUAUCAAGGAUGGUUUGAUCGCCGGUGAGCUCGAAGCCAAUGCUGCGAAGAACACCAUGCCCUACUUUGGGGAGCGGGCCCUCCUAUACCAAGAGCCCCGAGCCGCCACAGUGAGGGUGGUCUCAGAGUCCGCCCGGUGCCUUAUGCUGGACAAGGAGGCUUUUGACGAGCACCUGGGCCUGCUGAAAGAGGUUCUCGAGAAUGGCUUGAAGUCCCUCACUGGCCUGGCGCCUUUGCGGCACAUGAGCUACACACGUGAUCCGGAGCGGGAGUCUCGGCAGCUUGGUAGGUCGACCCACGUUGACAAGAUCUUGCACAAGGAGCUCGUUCAAUGUGGACGCUUCGGCUGCCACCCAGCCGGCAAGCACGGCGGUGGAUAUUCCACGGUGGAUCUGGUGCAGCAUGCAGAGACCGGGAAUACGUAUGCCCUGAAAUCGAUCAGCAAAGGCUACAUUGCUGCGGCGCACAUGAAGGCUGCCAUUGCGAAUGAGAAGGAUGUCCUUUACAUGACCAGCUCGCCGUUCAUCAUCAAGCUGUUUGAGACUUACAACUUGAAGUCCACGCUGUGCUUCCUGCUGGAGGCCGCAUUGGGGGGCGAGCUCUUCACCACCUAUAAAAAGCAUGCCUUCUUUGGCAGCGAGCCGCACACAAGGUAUUACAUGGCUGGCGUUGCACACGCUCUUGAGCACAUGCAUGAUCGCCGGGUGAUUUACAGGGACCUGAAGCCUGAGAAUCUGCUUCUGGACCACAAAGGUUGCCUCAAGUUGACAGACAUGGGUUCGGCCAAAUUCGCCAGCGGAAGCACCUACACGAUCGUAGGCACGCCCGAUUACUUUGCGCCAGAAAUGGUCAAGGCAAGCGGGCACGACUGCGCUCUUGAUUGGUGGAGCUUCGGGGUUCUGAUUUUUGAGCUUAUGGCUGGCAAGCCGCCCUUCGAGUCUGCGUAUCCAUUCCAGACCUUUGCCAAAAUCGAGCGGGGAAUCGAAAAGGUGAGGUUCCCAGCUGCGAUGAUUGGGAGUGUAGAAGAGCUCGUGAAAGUGAGACUCGGCAGAAAGGUUGCACAGGGUUUAGGGUUUAGGGUUUAG